CGACCGUGUUCACUUGUCUUUUUUAUUUUCAAAGUUUAGAAGAAUUUUAGUUUUGUUUUUUGAUUUUCAAUAUGACUUCUUAUACGGAUAAGGGAAGAAAACCGGAAAAUGGAAAAUUCUUGGCCUUCGACCAUCUCACGUUUUGGGUGUCCAACGCAAAACAGGCUGCCAGCUACUACGUAACACGUUUUGGAUUCGAGCCCCUGGCUUUCUCAGGCUUGGAGACUGGAUCACGGAAGGUGGCUUCACAUGCCGUCAGAAUGAACAAGAUAGUUUUCGUAUUCCAAGCUCAGUACGAUCCAGAAGAAACGGAGUUUACCAACGAGGUGGCCUAUCACGGAGACUUCGUGAAAGACGUGGCGUUCCAGGUGGAGAACCUGGAUUACAUCUUGGAGUACGCCAGGAGACAGGGCGCCGUGGUGGUCCGGGAUUUGUGGGAGGAAAGAGAUCAGUAUGGAGUGGUCAGAAUGGCUACUAUAAAAACCUACGGAGAUAACACUCACACGCUGGUAGACAGAUCGAGAUACAGCGGUCCCUUCCUGCCAGGGUACCAGACACUUGACAACGAUCCAAUCAACAAAUUUCUGCCCAAGGUUGAAAUAGACUUCAUUGACCACGUGGUGGGCAACCAGCCAGACAAUGGGAUGGAGACGGCUGCGUCCUGGUAUGAGAGAUGUCUGCAGUUUCACAGAUUCUGGUCAGUAGACGAUAAACAAGUCUGCACCGAAUACUCGGCUCUCCGCUCAGUGGUCAUGGCGAAUUGGGAGGAGAACGUGAAGAUGCCUAUAAACGAACCGGCGCCGGGGAAGAAGAAGAGUCAGAUACAGGAAUACGUGGAGUACCACGGCGGAGCUGGGGUGCAGCAUAUAGCUAUCAAUACCGACGAUAUUAUUAGCGCGAUUAAAAAUCUCCGUUCCCGUGGGGUGGAGUUCCUGUCAAUACCGUCUAAAUACUACAAACUAAUUCGAGAGCAGCUGUCACAUAGCAAAGUGAGAGUGGCCGAGAGUAUUGACGUGUUGGAGCGACUGAACAUCCUGAUAGAUUACGAUGAUGACGGAUACUUGCUUCAGAUCUUCACGAAGAACACACAGGACCGACCGACGCUGUUUCUAGAAGUUAUUCAGAGGAGGAACCACAAUGGGUUCGGAGCGGGCAAUUUCAAGACUCUGUUCGAGUCUUUAGAAAUAGAACAAGAGAGACGUGGUAACUUGUAAUAGCGAAAAAGUUUAAGAUAAUUAUUGAACGCCAUCUUUGUUUUGCAUUUUAAUUAAACAGUAUGAUUUCUUAGUAUAGUAGUGGCCAGUAGUGGAAGAAAUUGAUUAGAAAAAAGAGUAUGAGGUAUAUUUUAGUUAGGUUUAAUUUUUACAUAGCAAUUUUAAAGGAGGUAGUCUAAGACAGUGCCAGCUAAAAAGAAUGAAAAUUUCCAAAAUGUUCAAUUAGGUACCUACUAUAAUUCAAUGUUACAAAUAAAAUUCUUAAUAAAAGUGUAU